CUUCAAUCGUUCAGUCAAAAAGGAAAUUGCUUUACGUUCUUACGUACCUGCGUAGGUACCUACAUAUAAUCUUAAACCAGUGAAGCAUUAUGUUAUUGUAAAUGAAAUAUCUUCAAGUCAUACAAUAAAGUGUAAACUAGUUAAAUUGUUUUUUUGUUAUCAUGUCUGAAGCUGAAAAAAUGUUAUCUACUCAGUCUGGUCCUCCUGAAAAUGAAUCAUCAGAGAACUCUGAAAACAUAAGCCACGAUGGUUCAAGUGUGGUUGCUGCAGAUGAGAAUCUCGAUAUUAAUGCUCGCGUUGAAGAGGAACGUCGUAGAAUGCAACCAACUAAAUUAGAAUCAUUCUUUGCCAUUACAAAAUCAUUGAUAAUCAGAGCUUUAGUAGUUUAUUUUAUUACUUCUAUGUUUAGACAGCCAUCUGCUCCAAAAACAGAUAUCAAUAAUCCAUCUAGUGCCCCAAGAGCACCAGCUGUGAAUAUGUUUGCAAAUGGAACUAUACUAGACAUGUACUGUUAUCUGUCUGAACAAGAAUUUAAUACAAAUUUUGACAAUUCAAAUUUAAUUUGGCAGCACAGUGGUUUGGUGUAUGGAGAUUGGUAUUCAGGUCCAAAUGGUGAUGGAUCAUACAGUCACUCAGCAAGCAUAACACCAUCAUUUGCGUUAAAAAAUAAUGGAUCCAUUUAUCUACAUGUUUAUAUUGUACCUUCUGGGAAAUCACCGGAUCCUAACAAUAGACAAAACUUUGCCGGCCCUUACAUCUCUGUUGAGAAAAAGAUGUUAAAUAAAUAUAAGAAGUUGAAGUAUCAAAAGACUCUAAAUUUACUAACAGGUCAAACAGAGAAAUCUGAAGAAGAAAUUAAGAAAGCUGAAACUGUAAAAGAAGAAAUUGUUUCACAUUGGCAUCCUAACUUAACUAUUAAUUUGGUAAAUGACCAAACAAAUUGGGUACAAGGAAGUGUACCACCACCUCUAGAUGAAUUCAUUUAUUUUCUACCUGAUGGUAAACAAUAUAAACCUGCUGUAUUUUUAAAUGAUUACUGGAAUAUGAUGCGUGAUUAUGUACCUAUUAAUAAAACAACACAAGUUCUUAACUUACAAUUGACAUAUCAACCACUUAGUCUGUUCAAGUGGCAACUUUAUACUGCACAGGCAAUGAGAGACAAGCUUAGCAUGUUUUCUGCUUUAGGGGCUGAAGAACAGGACGAAGACCAGGACACUGUAAAGGAAUUGUUACUUGACACUUCUCCAUAUUUGCUGGCAUUGACAAUCUCAGUUUCAAUUUUACACUCUAUAUGUGAACUUUUAGCAUUCAAAAAUGAUAUACAGUUUUGGAACAACAGGCAGUCUUUAGAAGGAUUAUCUGUCCGUUCAGUAUUUUUUAAUGUUUUCCAGUCUACAAUUGUACUCCUCUAUGUUCUGGAUAAUGAAACCAAUGUAAUGGUUAGAAUAUCGUGUUUCAUUGGAUUAUUAAUUGAAAUUUGGAAAAUAAAUAAAGUUAUGGAUGUUAAGAUAAAUAGAGAAAGCCGUAUACUGGGCAUUCCAAAACUGUCAUUUACUGACAAAGGAUCAUAUGUGGAAUCUAGCACUAAACAAUAUGACAUGUUGGCUUUUCGUUAUUUGAGUUGGGCAUGUUUUCCACUCUUGAUUGGCUAUGGUGUUUAUUCAUUACUGUAUCAGGAACAUAAAGGGUGGUAUUCCUUCAUAUUGAACAUGAUGUAUGGCUAUCUUUUGACAUUUGGAUUCAUUAUGAUGACCCCACAAUUAUUCAUCAAUUAUAAGUUAAAAUCGGUGGCCCAUCUUCCUUGGCGAAUGAUGACAUACAAAUUUCUGAACACAUUCAUUGAUGAUAUUUUUGCAUUUGUAAUCAAAAUGCCAACUAUGUAUAGAUUGGGAUGUUUUAGAGAUGAUAUAGUAUUCUUUAUCUUUUUGUACCAACGCUGGAUUUACAAGGUUGACCACAAACGUGUUAAUGAAUUUGGCUUUUCUGGUGAAAUGGAAGAGCAACAGAAGCAAGCUAAAAAUGGAGCUCUAGCUAUUACUGAAUCUGAAGAUAUUGCCAACAAGAAGAAUGAUUAAUGUGUAAAAAUGUCACAAAAUUGCUGUUUUUAAAUUUAACUGUUCAUGUAUUCCUUUCUUGAUUUAUUUAUUUUUAUCUAUCAGGGCUGUGGGAGUGCAAUAUUUUGUGGAUGUAUUAAUAAUAAAUACAGUAAUUUUGGGACGGGUAUAGCAUGAUAGUACCAAUUAAAUGCAAACAAUAGGUAGUUCAAGCUUCAAAUAAAAUUUUUCAACAUUUUGGAUUCAUCAACCAGUUCAUCAUUCGUCUGCUGUUAACAUAACUCAAGUACAGCUAUAUUUUAAUACUUGAGGUCUAAGUCUUGGUUCAAUUGUAAUAAUGUUCUUCCUAUUCAAAUUUAACAAUACACCCCCUCAUCAUUAAUGUUUAAUUUGAUCUACCUAUUGCAGUAGUGAGAUAGAAUAAUAUAUAGAGAAAUUAGCAAUCAAAUAGAAUUUGCGGUUGUAUUUAAGAAAUGUUUUUUGCCUGUUCAAGAAUUUAUCUGAAUUUAGUUACAUAUUUAAUGUAUUCAGUAUUAAACUUUAAUUUCCUGAAAUGAAUAGUUUUUGUAGUUAUUGUAAACAUUGUUGAUAGUUAUAGUGGGAGUGUUAGUAAUAUUUAAUAUUUAGAUUCAAAAUUAUCUAUUUGCAUUAAUAAGAUUUAAUAUGCAACACCCUGACAUUUCAUUAUUUCUAAUAGUGUAAAUAUAUGUAAAUCAGGACUGAGGGAACUGUUCCUAAAAAUAACAAGUAGCAGUAUGGGUUUUGCGUAUUUAGAUUACACUGUAUUUUAUACUGGAAGAUUUGUAAUACGAUUUGAAAUGUUAUCAGAUUCAUCGAAUUAAUUAAAAAAUCUGAUUGAUGUUCUGUAGUUCUCAUAAAAUGUAAUAAAUAACCAAAUAAUAUUACCCUGUUAUGUUGCUUGUAUGCUGAAGUUUCGGCUUUGGGAAUGGUUCCCUUUCAUUAUGUAGAAACAUUGUCAUGAAUUAAUUGUUACAGAAAAUAUAUACCCAUCUUAUGGUAAAUUA